UGUUGGUGAGUCCGAAUUUGGAACAGUAUGACUGCCUGCUGAAACAGUUACGCGAGCGAAUGGACGAGGGUUGUGGGGAGACAAUCUAUGUAAUUGGACAAGGAUCAGAUGGCAAGAAAUAUGGUCUGAAUGAUGAGGAUAUUGAAGCAUCUGUAGCGACUGUCAAAAGUCUAGCUGAGCAGAUCUAUUCUGAUCUGAUCCUCCUCAGAGAGCGUCAGGAGGCAGGAGGAAAAGUAGCUGAUUACCUGGUUCGGAAACGAGUCGGGGAGAAUGACUUUUUGGAGGUCAGGGUGGCGGUGGUCGGGAAUGUAGAUGCUGGUAAGAGCACGUUGCUGGGUGUACUGACGCAUGGCGAACUUGACAACGGACGAGGAUUUGCGCGGCAGAAACUUUUCCGUCAUAAGCAUGAGGUUGAGUCUGGGCGGACAAGCAGUGUUGGCAAUGAUAUUCUGGGCUUUGACAGCACUGGGGAUGUUGUGAACAAACCAGACAGCCAUGGCGGUGGACUGGACUGGACCAAAAUCUGUGAGAAAUCCUCGAAAGUCAUCACCUUCAUUGACCUGGCAGGACACGAGAAAUACUUGAAGACCACAGUGUUUGGAAUGACAGGACACCUACCAGACUUCUGUAUGUUGAUGGUCGGUAGUAAUGCUGGAAUUGUUGGCAUGACCAAAGAGCACCUGGGACUUGCACUGGCCCUCAACGUUCCUGUAUUUGUUGUGGUGACAAAGAUAGACAUGUGUCCGGCUAAUAUCUUACAAGAAACACUGAAAUUGCUGCAGAGGCUGCUUAAGUCUCCAGGCUGCAGGAAGAUCCCAGUCCUGGUCCAGAACAAGGAUGAUGUGAUUGUUACAGCAUCAAACUUCAGCUCUGAAAGGAUGUGUCCAAUUUUCCAGAUCUCCAAUGUCACGGGGGAGAACCUGGAACUGCUGAAGAUGUUUUUGAACCUGCUGUCACCGCGGACAAGUUUCAAGGAGGAUGAGCCGGCAGAGUUUCAGAUUGACGACACGUACUCUGUCCCGGGUGUUGGGACAGUGGUAUCUGGAACAACACUAAGAGGUUUGAUUCGUUUGAAUGACAUAUUACUUCUAGGACCUGACCCACUGGGGAAUUUCAUGCCCAUCGCAGUGAAAUCAAUCCACCGGAAACGAAUGCCAGUCCGGGAAGUGCGAGGUGGUCAAACUGCAUCCUUUGCUCUGAAGAAGAUUAAGCGCUCGUCCAUCCGAAAGGGAAUGGUGAUGGUUUCUCCAAAACUUAAUCCUCAGGCAUCCUGGGAGUUUGAGGGAGAAAUCCUUGUAUUGCACCAUCCGACAACCAUCAGCCCUCGCUACCAGGCUAUGGUGCACUGUGGCAGCAUUCGUCAGACAGCCACCAUUCUGUCCAUGAGCAAAGAUUGCCUGAGGACGGGAGACAAGGCCACUGUUCAUUUCCGCUUUAUCAAAACCCCUGAGUACCUGCACGCUGAUCAGCGCCUCGUCUUCAGAGAGGGUCGGACCAAAGCCGUGGGAACUAUAACCAAGUUAAUCCAGACUACAAACACGUCACCAUCGAACACCAAACCGCUCCAGCUGAAGAUGCAGUCAACAAAGAAAGGGGCCUUAUUGAAGAAGGAGGAAGUGUCAGCAGCAAACGGUGCAACUGGGGAGGAAGGUCCGUCUUUGGGGCAGACGCCAGCUCUGCAUACACUGAACCAAACACAGAUGCCUUCAGAGGAGGAUAAACAGAAUCCAGAUGUUAAUAAGGAGAACAAGCCCAAAGGUGGUGGAGGGAGAAGACGGGGAGGCCAACGACACAAGGUGAAGUCACAGGGAGCAGCAGUGACUCCAGCGAGUGGCUACUAGACACACAACCUGACUACAACAAGGAGACACACUCACACACUCUCACUUGCUUUCUGCCCCCCAACCCCUCCCUUUCUCACCCCUCUUUCUUCUCCCUUUCUUUCCGCCCUCCCCCCCUUCUGAUAUCCUAAAGAAUUAUGGAAGUGACAUGGACACUGUUCUGUUUUUUCUUAAAGCAUUUUUUUUUUGAAAUGGAUUUUACAUUUUUAAAACAUUUGAAAACAGUGAUGCAUUUCAAGCCUGUUAAUGUGUUUUUGAAUUUUAUGCAUAUGCCUUUUUUUUAUAUAAAAGUUAAAAUAAUCAAAAGCUUGCUCUGGUUGAGCUGAAAACAUGCAAGAGAAGUGCAGCCAGGCUUUCUCUGUCCCGGUGUUUAAAAGCUAUUCCUAACCUUGUAUUUUAAUUGGAUUGGGCCAGACCGUUGGUUCAUUUGGUCUCUUGCUGAUUGUUCAGCUGUUAUCUAAAUAAGUUAUAAACUAUUGGUUUUAUUGAUAUGUUUGAAUUGCCAAUCAGGCUGACAGGCUCCAGAUUAUUUUGUUCUCGAGACAUCCCCGUGAUAGAUGCUGUAUUAAGGACACUAAAUCCGACUUGGUGCUGGGAGGACAACAACAAAUCUAUCGUCCUAUCAAGUCUCAAAAAUCAACUCUUACUUGGUAUUUGAGAUCUUGUAGCUGUGACAUUGGUUGCAGAUGGUCUUCCAUUUUUCAAGAUGGUGCAAUCUUGCCUCAAACGUGUUCUGUAGCAAAGUGAGUAAAUAUGGUUGAUGGGGGAACAUUUGUAAAAAGUUUGAGACAGCUGUGCCCUGUUUUUUUUUUUUUUUUUGAAAGGGCUCCCUAUUGAAAAGUUUUUAAAUGUGUCCUGAUGUUAUUUAGAACUUACUUAGAUGCAAGUAUGAAGUGAAGCUGGCAUGCAAAUCUCACAACUAGCAACCAAUUAUGAUCUGUCAUCAGCACCUGAUACUGGGUUAACAUUGCUUGAAAUGUGUGCAUUUUUUUCCCCCAUCCUCAAAUAUAAUUGACUUUGCUGUUGGUUGGAUAAGUUGUGAGUGAGAACCUCGUUUAGGAGAACAGACUUAACACGUGCCGAACCAAGUCUUGGUCUCUUUGCAGUGGAUGUGUUGGGGCCUGGUUCUGGUGUUAACUGGUUCUUACCUGUCCCCACAUCAAACCUGAUCCUUUUCCCCUUUUCUCUCCCUACGGGACUAGUCCAUUACGCACGUAGCAUUGGCUACGUCAAAUGGUAGCCUGCACAGAAAUCUGUUUGAUGGGCUGUCUGCUAUUUCAACUUUAUAAGCACCUUGGCUGUCUCUGCCAAAGCAGCUAUUGAGAAAUAUUCAGGGGAAGAAAAGCAUGAAGAAAUUCUGCUGUGCUCUCGUCAGCAGUAGACCUCUGUAAUCUGUUUGUCUGGUGCUAAAUUAGGUUGGUCUAUGUGAAGAGUAAUGGAAGGGUGUGUAUUCCCCAUUCUGGCUAUGUGUAACAAGUAUCCAGUUGAUUAAAGAUGCUCCUAUGCCAAGACAAA